UUCAUUCUGGGCUGUGCCAGCUGCCUGCUCCUCUGUUGCUGAGCCACCACGGAGGUUCAGCGAGAGGGCCCAGCCCCAGGUGCUUGGGAAGAUGCCUUCCAAGGCCGCCUCUUUGCUUUCGCAUGGGCCCUUGUUGGUGCUGCUUCUCUGCAGUGUGGCCGUCGCCAUCCAGUUACCCAAAGACUUGUGGAAACCACCUGAAUUCACAGACCAGCCAGAGGAGGAGAUGGUUGUCUUCCCCAAUGAUGACAUCGUUCUUAAAUGCGAGGCCACGGGGAACCCCGCUUUGACGUUCCGCUGGACCAAGGAUGGGAAAGAGUUUGACCCACAGAAGGAGCCGGGAGUGACACAACGGCAUGGAUCAGGGACUUUGGUGAUCAGUACGAACAACGGAAAUGCGGCCCCCAGGUUCCAGGGGAUCUACCGGUGCUACGCCAGCAACUUGCUGGGGACAGCCAUGAGUACAGAGAGCCGGAUUGUUGCUGAGGGUGCUCCCCAGUGGCCCAAGGAGAGCGUGGAUCCUUUGGAAGUUGAAGAAGGGGCCUCUGCAGUAUUACCCUGCAACCCACCCAUCAGCGCCUUCCCUCCCAAAAUCUACUGGCUAAACAGCAGGAUUAUACACAUUACACAGAAUGAGCGAGUCACCCUGGGUCAGGAUGGGAAUCUUUAUUUUGCCAACGUGCAGCUGUCUGACAGCCGCCCAGACUACAUCUGCAACGCCCACUUCCUUGGCCACCGGAUCAUCAUCCAGAAGGAACCCCUUGAGCUGAGGGUCAUGCCCACCAACUCUUUACUGAUGAGGAAGCCGCAUCUGAUGCUGUCGGAGGAAGUGCCCAGUUCAUAUGUGGCGCUGCUGGGAAAGACCUUGAUUCUGGAGUGCAUUCCAGAAGGACUCCCCACACCGACUGUGGAAUGGGUUUACAAGGAUGGACUAAUGCCCUUGCAUCGGGCGAUCAUUGAAAACUUCAACAGAACGCUGCGCAUUGAGGAUGUGACGGAGGAGGAUGAUGGAGAAUAUCAGUGCAUCGUUCGCAACGUGGGUGGCUACACACAGCAUACUUACCGUGUUACUGUUGAAGCUGCUCCAUAUUGGACCAAAAAGCCAGUGAGCCAUAUUUAUGGGCCAGGGGAGAAUGUGCGCCUGCCCUGCGAGGCCUAUGGGAAGCCCAAACCAGAGAUGGAGUGGAGAAUAAACGGGAUUCCGCUGAAAAAUCUGGAGCCACACCCAAGGAUGGUGCUGCAACGGGGGGCCCUGAUCAUCAGCCAGGUGGAGCCCAAUGAUACCGCUGUGAUGCAGUGCUAUGCCCAUAAUAAACAUGGCAGCCUCUUGGCCAAUGCCUACAUCUACGUAGUCCGCCUGCCAGCCCAGAUCCUGACCCCAGACAACAUAAGCUACAGUGUGGUAGAGAACCAAACCGCCUUCUUGCACUGCAAAACCUUCGGAGCACCUGGGCCUACGAUGAAAUGGUUUACGGAAGACAUGUACCUCGCCCUUGAAAACAACCGGACCUUUGAGUUCACAAAUGGAACUCUGCAGCUGGAGCAGGUUCAGCACGAGGAUGCUGGGAGCUACCGAUGCCUGGCUAAGAACGAUCAGAACGAAGUCUUCAUCACCGCUCAUCUCAUCGUCAAAAGAGCCACAAAGAUUUUGGAGGGGCCGGCGGAUGCAAACAAGAUGAAAGGCACCAGUGUGACCUUUCGUUGUGAGGCGUGGUUUGAUGUUUCCAUACCAAAACACGGUAUCAAGUGGCAACGAGAAGGACGGGACAUUAAGGAGCUGAGCGACACUGACAAGUACUUCAUCAGCAACACAACCCUGACAAUCACCAACUUGGACUACUCUGAUCAAGGAGAAUACAACUGUGUGGCUUGGACAUCUCUGGACUCUGUGAAUAAAGGCGCCAAGCUAGUGGUGGCCGGCUUACCCGGUCCUGUGUUUGAUCUGGAAUUGUCGGAACAGCAGGAACGCCAAGUGAAGCUGACGUGGACGCCAGGAGACGAUCACAACAGCCCUAUUACAGAAUAUUUUGUGCUCUUUGAGGAAAGCAUCUUUGACCCGGGCCAGUGGCACAGUUUGACCAGCGUUCCAGGCAACCAGCCCUGGACCAAGCUCCACCUCUCACCAUAUGGGAAAUAUCGCUUCCGUGUGCAGGCUGCCAACUUCUACGGGCGUGGUAACCAAAGCACCCCCUCUGACUUUUACCAGACGAGCCCAGCAGCCCCUGACCUGAAUCCAUCUGGAGUCAAAGGGGAAGGAAAUGAGACCAGUAAUAUGAUCAUUACCUGGAAGCCCUUACCUCCCAUGGACUGGAAUGCUCCUGAGCUCACAUACCACGUGCAGUGGCGCCCGUUGGAUGAGCCACACUGGAACGAGGUUGAAGUUGCAGGUCCCCCUGUGGUGGUGACGGACACACCGACCUUCUCCCCCUACCUGAUCAAGGUGCAGUCAUGCAAUCAGUUUGGCAGCGGACCCGAAGCGGAUAUCCUCAAGGGCUACUCAGGGGAAGACGUGCCUGUGGCCACCCCUGAAAAUGUGGGGGCAGAGGUCAUCAACAGCACGGCCAUCAGGCUUUCCUGGAGUCUGCCUAACGUAGAGAACGUUCGGGGCCACCUCAAAGGAUUCAAGGUUUAUUACACCUGGCUAGGGACCAUGGCAGAGCGUAGCCGCCGGCAAGCCCAUCACCACGCUCACCACCACCUGGAGAAACGGGAGCUGCUGAUUGAAGGGAAUGUGUCUGAGAUCAUAUUGGGGGUUUUCAGGCCCUGGAGCCGGUACCGGGUUGAGAUGACUGUGCUCAAUGGGAAGGGGGAGGGGCCCCGCAGUGAAGCCAUAGAGUUUGGCAUGCCUGAGGGAGUGCCUAGCCGGCCUGAGACUUUCACCAUGGAGCUCCUCCAGGAUAUGACCGCGUACCUGCAGUGGACCGAACCCAAGUAUCGCAAUGGAAUAUUAAUGAAAUAUAGACUCAAAUACUAUCUGGCCAAUCAGACGGCCAAUGAGACAGAAAUGGACCCCAUCGACAUCCCGAUAAGUCAGCAUUCGCUCGUCAUCCCCAACCUGAUGCCCUAUGCUGACUACAAGUUCAGCUUAUGGGCAGAAACAAAAGCAGGGCCGGGGGAAUCCCAUACCCUGGAAGGGAGCACGUUUCCAGAGGCAGUGCUGCUGUCUUUUGAGAAUAUCACGGCUACUGAAGUGGGAGAGAACUUCACUGUCAUCAAGUGGAUUCCACGCAUAAAACAACGAGAAGUAAAGUUUUCAGUCCAUAUCAUGGACAAGACUGAUGGAGAACCGUGGCAUAACAUAGGGAAGGCCAGCUCUAGCAAAGGUGUCUACCUUAUCCCAGACCUGCAGUCAGGCAAACAGUAUCGUAUCCGCUUUGUGAAAGAGCACCGUAACGGGAAUAACGAAACCUUCUGGGAGGAAGAAGUGGAAACCCAUGGCACCUUACAUAAACCCCGGACGGGUUUUGCCACAGAAGGUUGGUUCAUCGGCUUUGUCAGCGCCAUCGUCCUCUUGGUCCUGGUUCUGGUACUUCUCUGCUUCAUCAAGCGCAGCAAGGGUGGCAAGUACUCGGUAAAAGACAAGGAAGACACACAGGUGGAUUCUGAGGCCAGGCCCAUGAAGGAUGAGACUUUUGGGGAAUACAGUGAUAAUGAAGAGAAGCCUUUUACAAGCAGCCAGCCCUCCUUGAACGGUGACAUCAAAGCCCUCGGAAGCGACGACAGCUUGGCGGAUUAUGGGGGAAGCGUGGACGUCCAGUUCAACGAGGACGGUUCCUUCAUCGGCCAGUACAGCGGUCAAAAAGGAAAAGAAGGGGGUGGAAACGACAGCUCGGGGGCUACCAGCCCCACUAAUGCGGCUGCUGCCCUGGAGUAAGAGGGGCAUUUCCCCAAAAGAUGCCUCCCAAUACAGGGGGGGAGAGGGUUUCCCUCUGAAUUAUUUGGGGGAGCAAAGAGGUUAAAAAAACACCCCUCACCUAGGGAAAUAAAACAAUUUCCUCAUUCGAAAAUCAUCUCCCUUAAAUGGAAAUGGUAAUUGGGGCGGAUUCAGCCCUUUGUUUACUAGCUCCAAAACCAGGGAGGGUUGUAAAAUCAGGGGAUUUCCCAAAUUAUCCACCCCACCCUGAGAAAAGUUGGUCUCUCAUUUCAAUCUUCCCCCACAAAUGAUGUCCAUAUAAGUGUAUGGCAGGGAAGGAGGUGCAGCGUUCGAUCAAUUGGGUGGGCUUCUGUAAAUGAACGUGCGGGUGGGUGGGGGCCUCAGGGUUCAUUAUUGCCAAAAGAACUGAUGCUCCCUUCCCAAGCCCUAGCCAUGUUUAUUAUUUGUAAAUGUUGGGAACGGGAGUGCGUUUGCUGUCGCUGUAAAGCCACGUCUUCCCUCCAGCCCAGGAAAGGCGAUGGAGCAGGAGAUGGGAUAGUAGGAGCUGUGAGAUGUUGGAGGCUUUCCCUGCCUCUGGGAGAGAACAGAUUUCUCAUGGGCUACAUGGAAGAGUUAGGAGCCAUGGCUGGGAAAGGGAAUGAAUUUCCGUGGGUUGGAAAGUCAAAGGCCCUGUGGGUUAUUUGAGUAUGUGGUGUGCCCACCUCUCCUUGUGGGUGAUGCUGCCCGAGAUCUCCUAACAUCUCCAGCUGAAUCUCAUAAGCCCUGCAACCCACACUCCCUCAAUCUGCCAAUCCUUGUGCCCUCUUUGCUCUGUUUUCAGACUAUGCCUUGUCCAAGAGGCAGCUUUCUUGGAACAGUGGUUUUCAAACUUUCUACAGUCAGGGAAUCGUUCCAUUUUGUCUGCUAAGGAACUCCUGCCUGUCUGCCACGGAACUUGUACAUUGCAGCACAAUCUGGGAUGUAGUCUAGAACUCAGGUCCUGUGGGGCAUUGGCCAUGCUGGCUUGCUGGGCCUUACAGCUGGCAUGCAGGGACUGGGCACACGCUGGCCCACCCGCAACACUACCCUGCAGUUAGUUGUACAUUGAAGGGGGAGAUGGACAACCUGCAACACGGUUUGAAAACCACUGCCGAUAUGAUGUUCCCUUCUGGUGCUGAAUUUCCCUCUUGGGGUUCCCUCUUUUCUCUCCUGUCUUUGGGGUGCCACAUUAUUUCAUGUCUCUCUUUCUUACAAUGACCAAAAUCUAGGAUUCCUUCCGCUGGGCCUAAUGUCCACCACUUCACAAACACAUGCCUCCUUCCCCCCAUGCCUUCCUCCCCAAAGAGACUCCCUGCUUCUUGAAUGCAUCUCACGCAGCUGCCUUGCGACACACUCUGUCUUUCAAAAGUGGCCUCUUGUUCACCGAAUUGACCCCCCCCCCCAUAUCCACCUCCAUCCGGUAUAAUAUUUUUUCUCUCUCGCUUGUCAGGGAUGAAAUAGAUCCUUGGUUUUUUUGCAUAAAAAGUUUUGAAAAAAAUAAUAAAAAAGUACUGAUGUUUUGAGCACCCUACACAAAAUAAACCCUGCCUUCUCCCUCGGUCUGUAAAUAUUUCAAACCCUUGUGCUCGAGUUUGUUUUAGAUGUCUUAGGACUGGUGUUUUGAAGUCUUCUGGUUGGUCUAUUUAGGUGGCUUGGAUUUAAAAAAAAAUGAAAAAAAAAACAUUUUAAAAGGUCUCCUUCCUCUUGAUCUGUGAUGCCCCCCCUGCCCCCCCCCCAGCCUUCCUGCCCUGUGUAUUCUCUUUUGUCAGGUCUGUUGCUAUCUACCUUUCUCUCUCGAUGGCUUUUUUAUAUAUAUAUAUAUGUAUAUAUAAACAGAAUUAUAAAACGGUAAAUAAAUGCUGAAAUUGGA